GCCUCGGCGUUAAACCUCUAGUCCCCUGGCGGCCGCACUUCCCAACCUAGCGUGCUGGGAGCGGGCCGGAGCUCAGAGGCUGCGGGAUGCUGCGGGCGGGCGGCCGGGCUGCGCUGCGUGUCGGGCCCGGCGGGCGGCGGCGGUGCUGCUGCAGCUCCGGGCCGGACAGCCUGAAGCAGACGCCCCUCCAUGCCUUCCACCGGCAGCAGGGUGGCAGGAUGGUGAACUUCGCUGGCUGGAGCAUGCCCGUGCAGUACGCGCUGAGCCACCUGGAGUCCCACCUGCACACGCGCCAGCACUGCUCCCUCUUUGAUGUCUCCCACAUGCUGCAGACCAAGGUGUUUGGCCAGGACCGAGUGAAGUUCAUGGAGAGCCUGGUGGUUGGGGACAUCGCGGAGCUGAAGCCGGACCAGGGCACCCUGUCUCUCUUCACUAACGAGGAGGGAGGCAUCCUCGACGACCUGAUCGUGACCAGCACGUCGGAGCAGCACCUCUAUGUGGUGUCCAACGCAGGCUGUAGGGAGAAGGACUGGGCCCUGAUGCAGGGCCGAGCAGAGGAGCUGCGAGCUGCGGGCGGCGAUGUGCACCUGGAGGUCUCUGAGAACGCGCUGCUGGCUCUGCAAGGUCCUUCAGCGGUACAGGUGCUGCAGACAGGCGUGUUGGACGACCUGGCCAAGCUGCCCUUCAUGAGUAGUGCGGUGAUGGGUGUGUUUGGGGUGCCAGGCUGUAGGGUGACGCGCUGCGGCUACACCGGAGAGGAUGGCGUGGAGAUCUCGGUGCCCGUGGGGCGCGCGGUGGAGCUGGUGGAGCUGCUGCUCAGGGAUCCACAAGUGCAGUUGGCAGGGCUGGCGGCCAGGGACAGCCUGCGCCUGGAGGCGGGACUCUGUCUCUAUGGCAACGACAUUGAUGAGACGACCACACCUGUGGAGGCAGCUCUGGUGUGGACACUGGGGAAGCGGCGCCGGGUGGCCAUGGAUUUCCCUGGUGCCCGGGUCAUUGUGCCCCAGAUCAAAGAGAAGGUUAAGCGCAAGCGCGUGGGGCUGAUUUCCACAGGCCCCCCCAUCCGGCCACACAUGCCCAUCCUGAGCCCGGAGGGCAGGCCCAUUGGCGAAGUGACCAGCGGCUGCCCCUCUCCCUGCCUGAAGAAGAACGUGGCCAUGGGCUAUGUGGAGGGCGAGCAGAGCCGGGUGGGCACGGUACUGGCAGUGGAGGUGCGGAAGAAGAGCUGCCCUGCCCUGGUCACCAGGAUGCCCUUUGUGCCCACCCGCUACCACACGCUCAAGUGAGAUGUCACUGGCAGCCACGCCUCCCCUCCACCCCAACCAAUCAGCAUGCAGCUCUCUGCCCCACAUGAGAAGCCAUGUCCCCAAUCGGGACAGCCUGGCCCCACAGUGCCACCCAUCCAAGCAAGGCUGGGCCCCACUGGGGCCAGAGAGCCAAAGUCCAGCCAUGUGCUGCCCAGCCAAUGCCAAGGGCAUGUGCCAGGUGCCUUCCAGCCCCAUCUGAGGCCGAUGCCAAACCAGGCCAGUCUGUUGGUUUUCUGGGGCCGGGGGGGGGGGGGGGCAGCCUCUGAGCUGUGCCCCCAGUGUCCAGACAUGCUAUGGCCUGCUGCAUGUAAGCCAAAUGCUGCCAGGCAAUGGGCUAGCAAGGUGAGAGCCCCUCUGCUGCCCUAACCCGCCUGGGCAUCCCCCCAUUUUUGUAAUUGGGCUGUGAUUGUCCAUUAAAGACCCCACCCCGACUCCA